CUCGACUGGUAGUGACGUCACCUCGAGCCUAUCGUUUCUCCGGAUGAAAAUAUUCUGUCUGCCGACGUGCGGCACGUUGUGCGCGAGGGCUGCAUUCACAACACAGUUACAGAAACGCCGGCUGUCUGGUACCCCGUGUCAGAAUGGCACCGAAGAAGGUUGAGGAACCGGAAAAGAAGCCGUUGAUCGGCCGCGUCGGCACCAAUCUCAAGGUCGGCAUAGUCGGGAUACCCAAUGUCGGGAAGUCUACCUUCUUCAACGUUCUUACCAAGAGUCAAGCCGCCGCUGAAAACUUCCCAUUCUGCACGAUUGACCCAAAUGAAAGUCGUGUACCGGUUCCGGAUGCGCGUUUCGACUACUUGUGCGAGUACUUCAAGCCUCCGAGCAAGGUUCCGGGGUUCCUCAACGUCGUCGACAUCGCUGGACUAGUUAAGGGCGCCGCCGAAGGCCAGGGGCUCGGAAAUGCCUUUCUGUCCCACAUCAGCGCCUGUGACGCCAUAUUUCAUCUUUGUCGAGCCUUCGAGGACGAUGACGUAACCCACAUCGAAGGCGAGGUCAACCCUGUCAGAGAUCUUGAGAUCAUCAGCGAGGAACUCAGGCUCAAGGACGUCGAGUUCCUCAAUGCCCAUCUCGAGAAACUUGAGAAAUUGGUUGUUCGGGGUAACGACAAGAAACUGAAGCCCGAAUACGAUACCCUCCUCAAGGUCAAAUCCAUUCUGGUUGACGAGAAAAAGCACAUCAGAUUUGCCGAUUGGAGUGCAAAUGACAUUGAAGUGCUGAACAAGUAUCUCUUCCUAACGUCGAAGCCGGUAAUCUACCUGGUGAACCUGUCCGAAAAGGAUUACAUCCGCAAGAAGAACAAGUGGCUAAUCAAGAUCAAAGAAUGGGUCGAUAAAAACGACCCCGGUUCCGCUCUGAUCCCGUUCAGCGGUGUGUUCGAGAACAAGAUCUUUGACAUGGAAGGUGAGGAGCGCGCCAAGUACUUCGAGGAGCACAAAGCAACCAGUGCGUUGGACAAGAUUAUCGUUCAAGGAUACAAGGCGUUGCAGCUUCAGUAUUUCUUCACCGCUGGUCACGACGAAGUCAAGGCUUGGACAAUCCCGAAAGGAGCGAAAGCGCCACAAGCUGCCGGAAGAAUUCACACGGAUUUCGAAAAAGGUUUCAUCAUGGCUGAGGUAAUGAAGUUUGACGACUUCAAAAACGAGGGAUCGGAAGCCGCGGUCAAGGCGGCUGGAAAGUACAGGCAACAGGGUCGAAACUACGUCGUAGAAGACGGGGACAUAAUUUUCUUCAAGUUUAAUGCGGGCGCGGGGCUGAAAGACGCCAAGAAGAAGUGAUGGCGCGCCUUUUUUGCACCGCUGCUGGUUCACCUCUACACCAGAGUUGAUCUUUUUUACAGCACCCACAGUCGCGAUUAUGCGAAUCGUUGGCUGAUCGGCUCGAUCAUGAGAUUAGUUUGAGAAUGCAUUUUUAAUUCUGUUAUGCGCGAGGUUCAAUUUUUCUUCACGCAUAAGUGCGAGGUAUCCAUUAAAAUUUUUUAUCACGCCGAGGUAAUAUUUUGAUCGAUAUUCUAACCAGCUAGCGGCAAUCCUCUACGCUCCAGAUAACGGAUAAGCGUAAUCCAAGUUGAAAAAAGGAUUAGCAUUUGUUUGUACUUUUCUGUAUUUAUUUCGAAAUCGUUAAAUAAAUUAAUGCUAUCGAAUUUU